AUGGCGAGAAACAAUACGGCGAAAGUGGAAAAGACGGACGCCAACCUGUUGCGAAAGAUGACACCGGAUGUGAGGUUCUACGACGAGGACAGCGAGGGAAACAUCCGUCCUCGAAACGCCUGGGUGUCGGUCGGUGUAGACCUGUACAAUAAUCACCUGGACGUGGCGGCACGCGUCGCGUUAGCUCUAACGGAGUUGUGCUGCGACGACGGUCAGGGGAAGAUCUUCAUUUUCCACCUCCCACCGAGAUGGGCCAAAACAAGGGGCGAACGGGAAAACUUUCACGCAUACAAAGCCUGGAGAUCACUUCCGGCGUUGUUCUACCUGCCGCACGAGUGGACCGAGGCAGAACAAGCGGAGUGGAAGUUGCUGAAGCCCGAAGGACGUCUGCAUCGCCUGGUCAGUGUAUACGGAUGGGUCGACGAUGCAAUUCCUGUACUACCCUUUGACGUGGAACUUCAACACGUUCAACUGGAGAGGCCUCAGCUUGAUGGUUUGAGUGCAGCUCCGGUGACGGUGUACCUCAGUCCAAAACCUUACGUCUUCCGCUCGAGAGACAUGCACGCACUCUGCGAAAGACGUUUCAGGCGCCAGUCGGGGAGGGCAUGGCCGCAGAGAUGUGUCUGGAUAGGAGAGGAGUCGACGUGGGGUGCUUUCGGCAGGUGGAGGGUCGCGGGUGGCCGAGGAAUCCUGCAUGCGCUGGACGCCUUGUACAGAGACGGGCCAUCAACUGGAGAGGAAUGUGUCACGACAUAUGGGAUAUUGGUUGGGAGGUUAUUUGCAGCGGCGACCAAGGAGAACGAGACUUUAGAGGGGGGAGAGCGGUGA